AUGCAUUCUGGAGGGUCCCAGUAUGGGGCGCCUCCUCCGGAAAUGACCUUUGCGGCCGCCGCCGGCGGUGGAAUUAUCAGCUCCGGCCACCUGCGGCAGAUCAUGGCGGAGGAGGCUUCCCCCAUAAGCAGCCGUCCGCCGGCGAUGGGCAGCAGCAUGCUGGCUCCGGCGAGGUCGGAGGGUUUCACGGAUGAGGAGAACCUGGCGGCGGCGGGGGAGGAGGCCGAUCGGGGAGGGAUCGCCGGCAACCGGUGGCCGCGGCAGGAGACACUAGCCCUCCUCAAGAUCCGCUCCGAUCUGGACGCCGCCUUCAGAGACGCUACUCUGAAAGGCCCUCUUUGGGAGGAAGUCUCCAGGUGAGAAGAAAUACUUCGAAGGGAUCCCAGUCCCAACUCCUUGCAGGGAUUAAAAUGCUGUUGAAUUGUGCUUCCUCCUCCCUCCCCCCAUUUCUUUCUCAUCAUCUUCACUCUUGCAUUUGUGUGUUGGUCGAAUAAUUUAGGCAGCAAGGAGCAAAGAGAAGCAUCUGAUGGGACGGCAGUGGAGAGGAGGGGGGAAGAGGGAAGGGACUGUUCCUCUGUGGACUUUUUUCAGUUGCAGUCGGAACUGAGCAAGCAAAGAGGGUGGGGGGUUGGAUUUGAGGAAGAAAUGCACAGAGAGGGAGAGAUAUAUAUAUAUAUAUAUAUAUAUACAUAACCCGCUGCUGAUACUUCAGAUGCCGACUCACCCAACUGGCUGAUCAGUUACUAGUUUUGAUGAAGGAAAGCAGGCCUUCGUUUCCGACCUCCGCCAUGAUCACGUCUUCAUCAAAUCUUCCUCUUCCUUCACAGAUCUCUCUCUCUCUCUCUCUCUCUCUCUCUCUCUCUCUAUCUCUCUCGCUCGCUCUCGCCAUCUCUCUCUCUGGGGUCACGAGUGAGGUAUCUUUCCCCUUUUUCUCAUUUCUUUUUGAUUAACCAACGAAGUGAAGAUGGCGGACAAGGUCGGUCCCUGAAAUCAAUACGAUUCCUCUUCGCUGCAUCGAUCCCAACAAGUUUCCAAUUUUCUGAUGCCGCUGUCGCAUACAUCUGCAACGCCUCCAGAAUAAAACUAAUAAAAAAGCCUCACCACCCCUCAUGCAUUCCUCUCUCUCUCUCUCUCUCUCUCUCUCUCUCUCUCGCUCAGGCUCCAGCCCUAAUUAUUAUUGCUUUGUUAAAGCUCCCACAUUGAAGGAAAUUUUCGGAGCGUUCAGAUGGGCAAAGAUUCCUUUUUUACUUUGAAAUGGGACGAAAUUGAUGGGAUGAUACUUGUGAUCAUGCCGCGGAAUUACUUGCCGUUCUUCUUCAUCCUCAUUCUGGUUGGUGUCCUUGCAGGCAGCUCGCGGAGAUGGGUUAUCAGAGAAGUGCCAAGAAGUGCAAGGAGAAGUUCGAGAACGUCCAUAAGUACUACAAGCGCACCAAGGACGGCCGCGCCGGCCGCCAGGACGGCAAGGCCUACCGCUUCUUCACCCAGCUGGAAGCUCUCCACAGCCCCGCCGCAGCCGCCACCGCCGCCACCGCCGCCACCGCCGCCACCGCCGCCACAUCGUCUGCCGUCUCCGCCUAUCUCGCAGCAAACGCUGCACUCAAUCUCUCGCACUCCGCGAGCCUGCUGGAUCCGUCUUCCAGGUUUCCGCCGUCUCUGCUGAACUCCACUCCGCCGCCGCCCAUCGGCGGCGGUUGGGGGGGCUUCAGUUUCUCCUCCGAUACCUUCUCCUCCUCGGCCUCCGAGUCCGAAGAAGACACCGAGGAGAAUCUCUCCGGCGAGCAAAACAAGCGCAAGCGCGCCAGCGGCGGCCGAGGUCGGCACAAGAUGAUGGCCUUCUUCGAGGGGCUGAUGAAGCAGGUGAUAGAGAGGCAGGAGGCAAUGCAGCAAAGGUUCCUGGAGACGAUCGAGAGGCGGGAGCAGGAGAGGAUGGCCAGAGAGGAGGCCUGGAAGCGCCAGGAAAUGGCGCGCGUCCACCGCGAGCACGAGAUCAUCGCUCAGGAAAGAGCUCUCUCCGCGUCUAGAGACGCCUCCAUCGUCGCCUUCCUGCAGAAGAUGACCGGCCAGGUGGCGCCGCCCAUGGCGGCGCCGCCACCGUCGACGGCGCAAUCGCAGCAGCAAAGACGGCCGUCGCCUUCUCCGGCGUCGGCGCCGCCGCGGCAGCCGCAAUCGCAGCACAUUCCCCAUCAGACUGCGGACGUAAUAAUCUCUCCUCACGAUUCGGCGGCGCCUGACAUGGAGGGCUCCGCCGGAGUCAACUGUACGGACCCGGCGUCUUCCAGGUGGCCGAAGGCGGAAGUCCACGCCCUGAUAACGCUGCGAAUAGGGCUGGAGUCGAGGUACCAGGAAGUCGGGCCGAAGGGUCCUCUCUGGGAAGAGAUCGCCGCCGGGAUGAAGAGGAUGGGGUACAGCAGGACCCCGAAGAGGUGCAAGGAGAAGUGGGAGAACAUCAACAAGUACUUCAAGAAGGUGAAGGAGAGCAACAAGAAGCGACCCGAGGACUCUAAGACCUGCCCCUACUUCCACCAGCUGGACGCCCUCUACCGGAAGAAGCUCGGCCAAACCAGGGACGAGCUGGAGUGCAGCUCCGAUCCUGCGGAUCCCCCUCAGACGGCGGCGGUAGAAGAGAAAGAUGCCAAUGACGGCGGCGGCGGCGCUGACGCAGAGCAAGCCGCCGUCAGCAAUGGGCAGCUCUCGCCGGCCUUCUUCCACCACGAGGAGAAUUUUGACAGCGGAUCACUGAAGAAGGUAUGGCGGUGUUCUACGUCUUCCAAGUAUAGUCAAAUCGCAUCCUUCCCUAUUGAGCCAAUUCGAUUCAAUCGCUGUGAAGCCAGGGGAUAUUGUGAGGGAACUGAUGGAUCGGCAACAACAGCAGCAGCAUCAGCGUCGAAACGCGGCGAUGGAGACCUACGACAAACUACACGGCCCGGACGGCGACAGCAUGGACCGGGACGUUGACCGUGACGACGACCCGGACAGCAAGAUGAGAUACGUGGCUCAGUACCAGGAGAGGCCGGGAGUCAACGGAACCUCCGACUGCGGGACGAGCUCCUCCUUUAUGGCCAUGGUGCAGUGA